UGGUCAGUGAACUGUACCAGGACACGAUAUUAUCAGGCAUUAUUAUAACGAGCUAGCUCGGCCCCCAAGGUGUGGACACUUUGUGUUGAACAUGGAUUAAUUGAGUUUUGUGUACUACAAUAGAUACGACGCAAUACUGAAGCAGUCGCUAUCUAAAAUUUGAUUGAAAUCUCUUCGCUGACUUAAACAUUCACCACUGCUAACCCAUUUUAAAAGAUCACAAGUUCUCCCUAGCUUGAUAUGUUAGAUUAGCUGCAUGACCCAAAGUAGACGGAGAACCUUUUAAGAUGACUUUUGAGGCGCCAAUACAAAAGCUGCUUACGCUAUCUACCUAUUGGUAGUGUGUUACCAUGGUUACGCUAUCUUGCGGAUGAUGAGUAAUCACUCCACGCUCUACGCUCGCUAUCUUUAAUUCGUUAUGAAGGAGAUAUAUAAAUAGUUGAGAUUGUUGACGAUAUGGGAGGUGACGACCUUGCAGCGGAAGCCGCUGCCUUGAAACAGAAAAUAAGGGAUAGUAGAAAAGAGAUGUGUGAUACUCAGCUUAUCAACGAAACGGGCGACAUCGAGUCCAUCAAGUUGACUCUUCGUGUUAGGAAAACUCUGAGAGGUCAUCUGUCCAAGGUUUUUGCGAUGGACUGGGCUGAGGACAGCCGACAUCUUGUCUCAGCUAGUCAGGAUGGUAAACUCAUAGUUUGGGACGCAUACACCGCCAACAAGGUCAACGCUAUUCCACUUCGUUCUUCAUGGGUCAUGACUUGCACCUACGCUGCCUCAGGAAACUUUGUUGCAUGUGGUGGACUGGACAAUCUGUGUUCUAUAUAUAACUUGAAGACAAAAGAAGGAAACGUCAAAGUAACGAGAGAGUUGGCGGGGCACGAUGGUUACUUAUCAUGUUGCAGGUUCAUCAACGAUGAGCAGAUCUUAACCUCCUCGGGUGACACGACGUGUGCCUUGUGGGAUAUAGAAACCGGACAACAAACAACCUCUCUAGUGGGACAUGGGGGUGAUGUCAACUGUAUCUCUCUAGCCCCUGAUGGCAACACAUUCAUUUCAGGAUCUUGUGAUACCACCUCCAAACUGUGGGAUAUCAGAGACGGGUUGGCAAACCAAACGUUCGAGGGACACGAACUAGACAUAAAUGCUAUAUCCUUUAUGUCUAACGGACUAAACUUUGCGACGGGAAGUGAAGACGCAACCUGUCGAAUGUUUGACAUCCGGUCAGACCAGGAGAUGGCGGUUUACGGAGGGGAGCACAUCAUCUGUGGGAUCACUUCCGUUGCUUUUAGCAAGAGUGGCAGGGUCCUGUUUGCUGGGUAUGAUGAUUUCAAUUGUCGCGUGUGGGAUUUGUUGAAGAUGGAACAAACCGCAGCACUUAUGGGGCACGAGAACAGGGUGAGUUGCUUGGGGGUCAACGAGGAGGGACUAGCCCUCUGUACUGGUAGCUGGGAUAGUUUCCUCAAAAUCUGGAAUUAGGGGGACUUUGUAUGUCUGGAUAUUCACUAACGCUCCCAUAUCAGGUCAUAUACUUUCAAAACUACGGGAGCUCUGCUUUUCCCAGAGUAAAAGGGACAAUUCUCGUUAUUCUCAUGUCUACACCAAACAUUAACACAAACGUUAACAACAUUCUACAGCAAAUUUCUUUCAAAAAAUAGGAACUAUAGAAACAUCUUUAUCAUAUUUUGGCAAUUGGGUAUUCAAAAAUUUUAUCGUAGCCACCGUUCAAAAUAAAACUCUUAGUUUCUCCUCAGAAUCUUCAAAUAAGUAUACACAUUUUCUCCCCACAUUUUUGUUUGUUUAAUUAUUGGAUUCCUGGUAUGAUAAAAUCUGUUUUAUCUAAUUUGAUUCUCGCAGUAAUGUGUUAUCAUAGAGAUUUAGUUAUAAAUCAACCUUUAUUAUUUUAUGCCAUCAUAUGUUAUGUCUGCAUCUAAGUUGGAUUUUUAUGCGAACCUGAUGUAUCAAUACAGUUUACACAGCAGCACACCGUUUUUAGCCAUUUUAUUAUGAUGACAGUGAAAAUGCAUAUAUUGCAUGUUCAUAUUAUGGAGUAGAUAUUUUAAUACAACUUUUUGCCUUUCUGCUCCCAUUUUUAAUGAUGAUCCGUCAUAUUUCAAAAAUAACCGAACUUUAAUUUGAUUUUUUGAAUUCCCGGUAACUCGUUAUGUUGAGAUAAGUUUGAAAUAUUAUAUAAACUAUAAUUAUACAAAUCCUGGCAUGUACUUUUUUCUUGGAAAGUUUCUUAACCGAAUCAGAUACUGCGAGUGUUAUAAAUGAUGUGGCCGGCUACUUCUUAAGUUGCAGAGUAAAGCAUGGUAGACAGUAGUUGCUGUUAAGGGUACAUGGAGCUCAAGACAUUUUAAUUUUAUUCAACACUGAUCGAUAAGCUUUUAAGUUUUUAUUUGAUAUUUGAUCGUUGUAUUUGAUUGUAAAUGAUAUAUUCUGUAGUUGUUCUUGAGCUCCUGUUUUAAAUCUAAGGGUUGACAAUAUUUACUUAAUACAACACCUUGAGAUAAUACGAUAUGUUUUUAUGAGAUUUAAUUAUCGUAUAACAGAAUUUCUUCGCAAAACAUGCUAUCUGAUUACAAUCUUGAUUAAUUUUAAUCUUCGUCAAGUUAUUACACGCAA